CAGCUUGUGGUUGGUGAAAACAUAAGCCAGUGGUCAGAUGCAACGUUCUGCCCUGUAUCGUGGCCGUUGUUUCUUCGGUCAAGACACUCAAAGUGAAGUAAAACUAAGGAUCUGAGAAACAGAGUUACACUGAGAGGAUGGGAAAUUAUCUCCUGAGAGAACUCAGUUGCCUGAAAGACAAUCAAAAUCAGCUUGAGAAGGUAAACCCAGAAGUGAAGAGAAAACGGCAGGAAAUGACUACAUCUGAGAAAGAAAAUCAAGGUCAAGAUAAGAAAAGUAAAGAUGAUGCAUCCACUUCUAAUCAGGAAAAUGAGAAUGGCAGUGGAUCUGAAGAAGUGUGCUACACUGUCAUUAGUCACAGGCCCUAUCGGAGACCCUCCCUGAGCUCCAAUGAUGAUGGUUAUGAGAACGUCACAAAGAGAGUGAGACCAUUAAGAGGAGGGUCAGAAACAGAAUAUGCCCUUCUCAGGACGACUUACACUCCAAGUUUUUCUUCCUAUACCCCUGAGAAUGAUUAUGAACUUGUGCUUCCUCACUAGAACCCUCAAGCCUCAUCAUCCUCCAGUAACAAAGAUUAUACAGAAGAGUUGCCUCCAAGGGAGAUUUUCUCAUUCAUAAGUUCAUGAAACAUUAAUUUCUGGACAGAUUUUAGACAUGAGAUCUUUUUACUAUAUUGCCUUAAGAAACUCCGAAACCAUGUCAUAUCUGUGGUUUGGGUAAGCCAUAUUAAUUGACAUAAUGACAUAGAGUAUUUGACAUUUUUGGAUUUAUAAUGUUUUGUGGGGGAAACCUUCCUAAGGCAGUAAACAUCUACAGGUAUAUUACCUAGAAUAUUCAAUUCCAGUUCUGCUUUCCAAAUAUCAAAGCAUUCAUACUCCUAAUGUAAUCUACUCAACACUGGAGGUUUAAUCUAUUCAACAAACUUUAAAAAUAUAAGACCAGUUGGCAGACACUUUGUUAACCUGAUAUUUACUUCAGUUUUGUGUUUUCCAUAUGAUAGAGAUUCUUGCUUAUAAAUUUGUGGUUGCAGUUCAAGUAUUAAUAGUUUUUUAUUUUAGCCUUUCUGAGAGGAGAAGCUGAGAGUGCCAUUAAGAAAAGAAGAAGAAAUGAAUCAGGUUUAGUUGCCCAUUGUUUUUCUUUCCAAUAGUAAAUCAGACUAUUCCAUUUAAAGAUUAUUAAAAAAAAGAAAGUAUAUUUGUACUUAUUGCUUUUUUCACAAUGUAAUAGUUAAUUUAACCUAUGAUGAGUUAUCUCUAAUAAAGAAGGGUGAAUAGUGUCUGUUUUUAAAAUAUAGGCAAUUUGGUGUUAAUCCAUUCAUUUUUACUUUCAUUCUCAAGGAUAUUCUAAAUGAAAUGCCAACUUCCCGAUAAGGACAUGAAAGUUAUAAUUGACAAACAUUCAUAAUUUAUUGUUAAUAUAGUUAAAAUAUGCUGACUUUUUUGGUCAUUGACAAGGAUAAAUAGAUGUACUUCAGGUAACUUAUUUGUUUUUUAUUUUCAAUACAGUGACAUAUAUUGGUAGAAAUGGGUCUGUUUUCUACUUAUUAGUUUAAUACCAGACCUAAUAUAAAAUAAUAUAGGCUAUUCUCCCAUGCACAGUAUUUUCUCUCUAAUAGGAGGUUAAACUGAGGUAUUUUCUACACUGGAAUUCCACUACUGCCUCCCCUAUAGAAUUAUUUGGAAUAGGGUGGGUAGAUGGAUGGGUAGAAUAAACAAAUUAACAGAAAGUGAUGGUUCAUGUCAAGAAAAUUUGGGUAAUUCUCUUUAUUUAUUAAGAAUAUUUCCAUAUAAUAGAAUAUGCUUAUAAUGAACAUUUAUUGAACAUUUGCUAUAUUCUACUUGUGUAACUUUUUUUUGUUUUAUAAAAGGUUUGACUCUAUUCUUGGUAAAUUUUUGUGCCUUUGGGGUGACAUUAAUGUCUAGAAGGAAAAUUUAAUAGAAAUCUUGGAAUUCUGAAAAAAUAACCCUAUCAGAAAUAUGCCAGUCUUGCAGAAAUCAGCCAAUUUUAAGAAAUGACAAAAUUAUUUACUCUUGAGAGGAGGCAAGAUGGCCAAAGAUUAGGGGGAUGCACUUGCCCUCUCCCACAAACACAACCAAAAAACACAUCUACACAUAA